CAGUCCUGACACGAAGGAAGCGAAACCCAAAAAGUGCUGCUUCUCACUGCUGUUUGCUGAUUCUGAGAAAGAGCUCUAUGGGGAGUACCAAGAGCACCAAGGAGGCUCUGGCAGACGGGAGGCCACACGCCUGCUGACUGAGAGACAGAUCAAGAAACAUGGCAACCAUCCACGCAGCUAUGGGAGGCCACGGCAUGGACAUGGCCGCCGUGGCCAUGGUCAAAAUGGAUACCACGGUCGACACGGACUUCAGCACGGACAUCACAGCAGACAGAGGAACAGGCGUCAGUCCAACAUGGAAGCAGAGGAUGCGGAUGAGCAAACAGCUGAACCCGGCCUUACAUCCUCUAUGAAGAAGAAACGCUCCUACUCCAAGUGUAGAGACUGCAUAGCACGGGUGCAGCGAUUCCUUGUGACCAGGUUGGGAGAAGACUGGAUCUUCCUUGUUCUGCUUGGAAUUACAAUGGCACUGGUCAGCUGGACAAUGGACUAUGCCAGCGCAAAGAGCCUGCAAGCUUAUAAAUGGAUUUAUGGGGAGCUGAAGGGGAAGAUUCUCCUGCAGUACCUGGCCUGGGUUUCAUAUCCCCUGAUAUUCAUCCUGUUCUCCUCCAUCUUCUGUCACCUGGUCGCUCCUCAAGCUAUUGGUUCUGGCAUCCCGGAGCUGAAGACCAUUCUGAGAGGUGUGGUGCUAAAGGAAUAUUUAACUCUUAAGGCCUUUGUUGCUAAAGUCAUUGGUCUGACUGCUGCCCUGGGCAGCGGGAUGCCUGUAGGCAAAGAGGGCCCAUUUGUUCACAUUGCCAGUAUCUGUGCUGCAGUUCUCAGCAGGUUCAUGUCCUUUUUUUCAGGAGUUUAUCAGAAUCCAUACUGUUAUACAGACAUCCUGACAGUGGGCUGUGCUGUUGGGGUUGGCUGCUGCUUUGGCACACCACUUGGAGGUGUGCUUUUCAGUAUAGAGGUAACAUCCACAUACUUUGCUGUGAGAAACUACUGGAGAGGAUAUUUUGCUGCUACAUUUAGUGCCUUCAUAUUCAGAGUGUUAUCCGUGUUCAACAAAGACGCAGUAACCAUCACCGCUUUGUUUAGGACAAACUUUCGCAUGGAUUUCCCUUUUGACCUGCAGGAGCUGCCAGCAUUUGCUAUCAUUGGGAUCUCCUGUGGGUUCCUUGGGGCGUUCUUUGUCUAUCUAAAUAGACAAGUGGUUCUGUUCAUGAGACGAUCCAACGCCAUGACCCGCUUCCUGACCAAAUACCGGCUGGUCUUUCCUGCUGUGGUAACUCUGGUAAUCGCCACCUUGACCUUCCCACCCGGGUUUGGACAGUUCAUGGCAGGAGAGCUGAUGCCCAGGGAGUGUAUCAACUCUCUGUUUGACAACUUUACAUGGACAAAGAUUUCCGGAUCUCCACCUCCAGUCGGUUUGGGCCGCUCCGCUGCUUGGCUCCACCCUGACGUCAGUGUUUUCCUCAUCCUGCUGCUCUUCUUCCUCAUGAAGUUCUGGAUGUCUGCAGUGGCUACCACCAUGCCCAUCCCAUCUGGGGCCUUCAUGCCUGUCUUCAUACUGGGAGCUGCAUUCGGCAGGCUGGUAGGGGAGAUCAUGGCCACCUUGUUUCCGCAUGGGAUCGUGUUUGAUGGCAUCCUUUACCGCAUCAUCCCUGGAGGGUACGCAGUCAUUGGAGCGGCAGCUUUGACCGGGGCUGUGACUCACACUGUGUCCACGGCAGUUAUCUGCUUUGAGCUGACAGGCCAGAUCUCCCAUAUCCUGCCCAUGAUGGUGGCAGUAAUCUUGGCCAACAUGGUGGCCCAGGGCCUGCAGCCCUCACUGUACGACUCCAUCAUCCAGGUCAAGAAGCUGCCGUACCUGCCUGAGCUCGGCUUUGGACACAUGAGCCAGUACAACAUCUUUGUGGAAGACAUCAUGGUGAGAAAGGUGAAGUUUAUAUCGUCUCAGUCCACAUACAGAGAAGUCAAGCUCCUGCUGGACUCCUACUCGCUCAAAUCAAUCCCACUGGUCGACUCAAAAGAUUCUAUGAUCCUAUUGGGCAGCAUUGACAGGUUGGAGCUUCUGGCUCUCUGUGAUUGGUGGUUGUCACCAGAGAGAAGGCUCCUGAUGCAGGGUCGGAGCCUACAGGAGCAGAAUCAGUCUCAGAAACACAGCUGGGAAUCCUUCGCCUACGUAGAUGAGGAGGAAGACGAGGAUGGAGAGAAAGGCAGCCCGUUGCAGGAGGAGAGGAAUGGCCCCCUGCCUCCUCCAAAGCCUCAUGAGCCUUCCUCAAACCACACUGCUCCUGUGCCUGAUAAAGGUCCUCUACAGUCUGUGAGGAAAACACUCAGCAAUCUCUUCAAUCCUAAGAACAGACAGACAGAAGGGCAGUCGCAGGAGCCAUCUCCUCCUCCUUUGUCAGACACAAUGACACCAGAAGAGAUCAAGGCGUGGGAAGAGGCAGAAAUGGACACGCCGAUGGAAAUCGAUGAGAUACGAGUAGACCCUUCCCCUUUCCAGCUGGUUGAGAGAACAUCAUUACACAAGACGCACACUUUAUUCUCACUGCUCGGGCUAAGUCAUGCCUAUGUGACCAGUAUCGGCAAGCUGGUGGGAGUAGUGGCGCUGAAAGAGCUCCAGAAGGCCAUUGAGGGCUCCACACGCUCUGGUGUCCGGCUCCGUCCUCCGCUCGCCAGCUUUCGCGACAUCAGCAACCACAACUCUGUCGCUAAACCUCCACCUUCUUCUCCCGCUGCUCCUUCCUCUCCGACCUCCACCUCCUCUCCCUCGGCUGCAACUCCUCCCCCGCGUCCCUCCCCCUCUCCCCCUCACCACCACCACCAUCAUCACCAUUAUCAAGAGAAUGAAACGGAGGUGUGGAUCGAGGGUGUGAAGAUAGAGGUGGAGGAGAGCAGCAGCAGCAGUAUAGGAAGUGGCGGAGGCAGCAGCAGCAUGGGGGCCUCCACCUCAGCCAGUAGGAGUUGCAGCUAUAACAGCAAUCUCACCCUCCCUCCCUCCUCCACACCUCCCCCAGUCCCUUCUUCCUCCACUCCUCCUCUUUCCUCCGACACCCAUCUCUCCACCCAGAGACCCCUACAGGGAGUUCUUGAGGGGGAUGAAGACAGCGAUGAUGAGCCAAUGGUUUAGAUUAGACAAGAAGGAUGGUAAUGUUUUUUUAUAACGGAAAACUUUUUUAUGGUGUGAGUUGUUAUUUUUUUUCUGUUCUUAAUGUGUUGCUCUGGUCUUUGAACACCCAUUUACCUCUUUUUGUCACCACUUAGGUAGAGCAAAGAUGUAAAUGCAAACAGUGUGUUUGCUACUUCAAGCUAUGCAUAUAUUCUUUUUGUUUUUGAAGACAGUUUUCCCCACAGUUAUUGAUUCUGUCUGCUCUUUUUGUAGACCUUCGCCUAGUUGGUGUUAAGAACACACCCAUUUUCUGUCCCCCCAACCUCUCUGUCUUUUCUUAAUAAGCUCUGUAUGUAUAUGUUUUUCUGAUACUUGUCCUGCCACAUUUCCUCCUCAUUUUCUCCUACGUGUUGUUUUUCACACACACAGUCUCAUGGUUGAACCCUAGAAUGAUAUCCACAGAUAAUUUUUAUGCGAAAGUCUUUUUUCUCCAGGAUUAUAUUCUUGUCUGGGGGUAAUAGUGUCCAAAACAGCAUUAAUUAAUGAUUAUGGCAACCAAAACUCAACACUGACACCGUGAAAAAUAAAUUACUUCAUUGUUAGUGUCUCGUUAAAGCAAGGUCACCCACCUGUUAGCGAGUAGGGUUGCAUAUUACACAUUUUAAAUCAUGAAGAAUUCACUCAAAAUAUAUUUGUGAGGAAUAAAUACUGCAGUCAUUUGCAUCGUCCCACAUUGGAUUUGGAUUGAUUAGAUACAUCUGUGUCUCACGGUGUUUUCCAACACAACAUGUGUUGCAUCUUUGUGUUUUUAUUAACAUAAUAUGCUGUGUUGUGUGUAUGUGUGUGUGUGUGUGCUGCCCAAACCAGAAGUGAACCCCUGCCCAGUAUCUCUGCGUUAACUGAUCGUUUAUGUGUCUUUAAAAAAAGCUUUUUAUCAGAUGAGAGCAGAAGCUAUUGAUUUUUUUUUUGUUUCUAACAGACCAUCUGGAUAGCAGUAGACUAAUGGAGCUGCUCAGUCCACUGUGGAAGAUUGGCCAAAGCCCCAAAACGACCUCUAAAUUGUGUGCUGACCUUGUGGAUGUAGCCUCAGAGCUCAUCUCAUCACGGUUAAGUUGAUAGAUGGUGCAGCUAAACGCGGCUGACGAAAGCCAAACCCCGCUACGUAGGUCCUGGAGAUUCUUUUGUCUCCCAUUUUCCCUAAAAAGAUUUCCUCCAUAUUUGCAAAAUUCUGCAAAAAAAAACAAAAAAAAAACAGCUUGUCAUUUUUCAUUCCAAAAUGUGACAUCCAUCAUCCUUCAAAAACCGUGUCAGUAACAAAGUUAUGGCUGACAUUCAUGACAGUGAAUGACAGCUGACAUUUUGUCACAUGUGUUAAAUGAAGAUGAAGAUUUAUGUUGACAGAGGAAUAUUUUCCAAUUGAUGCAUUAAUUAGCUUAAUAAAUUACCCCAUUAGGAAAAAUAUUUAAUGUAGAACUGUCCAUGAUGAUUAUUGGAGGACAUGAACCUGCUCAUGUGAGACUUCCUUUUUCUCAGCGGCUACAAAGCCUUGAUUUUUAUUCUAGUUCUCAAAACUUAAGGGCAACCACAUUGCAACUGCUGUUUGAAUAGAUGAAAAUGUCAACUUCCCUUUAUUAUUUUAUACAGUACCUAUUUACAUGAGUGAUGGCAGAGAGACUCAACCAUACCAGUUCAUAAACAGCUGGAAAACAACGAAAAGAGGCUGGGUAUUAUUUCUUAUUGAGUUCAGCACUACAACUAAUGUUAAUGCCAAAACUAUCACAUAGUGGAAGUCUCCAAACUACCCUCAAGCCUCUUAGUGGAUGUCUGGUAGAUGAACUUUUUAUUUCUUAACAUCUAGAAAAUUUUGUUCUAAUCAUUAUUAGAAUAAAAUCUUCAUAAACUCAGUUACAACCAUUGAAUACUGUACAAAAAAAGCUAUUGAACCUCAAGAGCUGCUCAGUAACUACCUUAAUAAUUGCAUUAAUAUGUUGUUGAACUUUUCUCCUUGUGAUGUACCCCUUCUUUUAAUUUCACUCCAUCUCUUCUUGUCUCUGUAUCUCCUGCAUUCAGUAUCUCAGGUGCUGCCUUGAAAGUCUUUGAACUUGCAGAUUUAACGAAAAAAAUCUGUGAAUUAAAAUAUGUGUCUGUUUCGUCAGGGGACUGUGAUAUUUUCUUUUCCCUAUCUGUUGUGGCUAA